AUGGCGGCGGCGCAGGGCGCGGGCCCGGCGGGGCCCGGCGGCGGCGGGACGGGCCUCACGGACCUGCCGGGCGAGCUGCUGGAGCUCAUCCUCUGCUGCGACGUGCUGGGCGCCGCCGACAUCGGCCGCGUGUCCUGCACCUGCCGCCGGCUGCGCGAGGCGUGCCAGCCCCGCGGGAAGGUGUGGCGGGAGCGCUUCCGCCUCAGGUGGCCAUCCCUGCUGAAGUACUACAGCCACACGGACGGCGUGAGCUGGCUGGAGGAGUACAAGGCCCGGCACAACGCGGGGCUGGAGGCCCAGAGAAUUGUGGCUUCGUUCUCCAAAAGGUUCUUCUCAGAACACGUCCCCUGUGAUGGAUUCAGUGACAUUGAGACUCUGGGGUGCCCCAGUCACUUCUUUGAGGAUGAGCUGAUGUGCAUCCUGAACAUGGAAGGAAGGAAAGGCCUCACCUGGAAGUAUUAUGCAAAGAAAAUCCUCUAUUUCCUGCGGCAACAGAACAUAUUAAAAAACCUGAAGGAGUAUCUGCAGCGCCCGACCGAGCGACAGUCGUUCCUGGAGGGUGCUGUUUUAAUUGAUCAGUACUGUAACCCCCUGUCAGACAUCUGCUUAAAAAGCGUCCAGGCGCAGGUGGACGAUAUCGCAGACAAGGUGCGCAAAGUCCUGCGGACCAAAAACCCCCGGCACCCCAGCUUGGCUUCCAAGGCAGGAGAGGUCUGUGUUGCAGAAGUGGAGCUCCAGCGGCAGGUUCUCGAUGCCAUGAACUGUGUCCUGUACGAGCAGUUAAAAUACAAAGGAAACGAGCUGGAUUACUACAACUCCCUGAAUUCAUACAUUCACCAGGUUUUGAUCCGCAGGACAGGAAUUCCCAUCAGUUUGUCUGUGCUUUAUUUAACAAUUGCCAGGCAACUGGGAGUCAAACUGGAACCAGUCAACUUCCCCAGCCAUUUUCUCCUGAGGUGGUGUCAAGGAAAAGAAGGGAGCACAGAUAUUUUUGACUACACCUACAUCGAUGCCUUCGGGAAGGGGAAGCAGCUGACGGUGAAGGAGUGCGAGUACCUGAUCGGGCACCACGUCACAGAGGAGUUCUAUGGAGUGGUGACUUCCAAAGAGGUCCUGCAGCGCAUGGUGGGCAACCUCCUGAACCUGGGCAAGCGAGAAAGCACUGACCAGUCUUACCAGCUCUUGAGAGACUCCCUGGAUCUGUACCUGGCCAUGUAUCCGGACAAUGUGCAGCAUCUAAUGCUCCAGGCUAGGUUAUACUUCCACCUGGGAAUCUGGCCAGAAAAGGUCCUGGACAUCCUGCAGCACAUCCAGGCCCUGGACCCGUCUCAGCACGGGGCCGUGGGGUACCUGGUGCAGCACACCCUGGAGCACAUCGAGCGGCGCAAGGAGGAGGUGGGGCCCGAGGUGAAGCAGCGCUCGGACGAGAAGCACAAGGAGGUCUGCUUCUCCAUAGGGCUCAUCAUGAAACACAAGAGGUACGGCUAUAACUGUGUCAUCUACGGCUGGGAUCCCGCCUGCAUGAUGGGACACGAGUGGAUCCGGAAUAUGAACGUCCACAGCCUCCCCCACGGCCCCCACCAGCCCUUCUACAACGUCCUCGUGGAGGAUGGCUCGUGCAGAUACGCUGCCCAAGAGAACCUGGAAUACAACUCCGAGCCUCGGGAGAUCCCUCACCCCGACAUCGGCCGCUAUUUUUCCGAGUUCACCGGCCUUCACUACCUGGCAAAUACCGAGCUGGAAAUUCGGUACCCGGAGGAUUUGGAGCUCACACGAGCCACGGUUCAGAAGAUCUACAGCUCAGGCAAGGAGUGAGUGCAGAAGGCAGUGUGAGGACAGAAGCAGCUGGAGUGUAGCUUUACCCUCUUGGCAAAAACUUGCGUGGAAAGCAAGUUCGGUGACAAUCCUUUGGCUUGAUAAUGCAUUGAAAACUGCAUUGAACUUUGAAACUGGUGCUACAGCAUCUUCCCCUUGCCUGCCUGCCCGUUCUGGCCCGAGAGGCACAGGGACAUGUUGGCAGUUGAGGCCAAGCAGAAGGAUCUUGCAGGGACAGCCAUGCCAAGGAAGCACGUGGUCCUUCGGGAGGAUCUGCACAAACUGCUCGUCCUGUGCUUGUCUUGCCUUAGGAGGUCGACACAGUGAGAUCCCUGGUGUGGAACGUGGAAGAACCCCCUCUUCCAGAGAAGGAAGUUGCUUGUCCUUGCAGUACUGUGGGGUUUUUGUUUGGUUGUGUCUGUUUGCUUUGGUUUUUAAUGUAUAUCCCACGCAGGUGAUAGUUUUUAAAGUCUCUUACGUUUCCCUGUCGUCCUCUCUGGUCUGAGUUUUUGGUCAGGUUUUGCUUCACCUCUGUAGUCUGAUUGUUCAUAGAGCUACUGUCCCAAUCCUGAAUAUCCUUCUGGGCCUGGCAAUAUCCUUUUGGGCCUGGGAAAGAGCCCCAGCAACAAAACCAGCAGCAGUGAGGCUUCUGGGGUGGCAGGCACUGGGUCCAGUGGCCACCUUGCUGAGGACUCGGACUCUCCUAAAGCAGAAGAGGAGCUUCUCGUCCUUUUCCACACCUGCUGAACACACCCAACCCGUGUUUUGUGAUCUGUUCAUCAUGUGUGUCCAAGGCAGCACCUGUGGCACGGCCUGAGUGCUCCCAGGACACUUUGGAACCUCGUGGCACUUUCCUGGGAGCCUUGGGGCCAGUGCCACAAUGACUUUGAUGAACAGGGAGCUGCCACUCGCUGCCUCCUCCAAUCUGUAGGUAUUUAUGCAAUACAUUGGAAUUAUGACUGGAAACUGGCCAGCCCUGGAGUCAGCCAACCUGUGUAUGGAAACAAGAUGUUGAUUCCUGCAGCUUGAGGCCUUCUUCCUUUUUGCCAAAAGAGACUGGAUUCUGGGGGAGCACAGACUUUGCUGCCUGCAAGGGAAGAGCUUUAGCAGCUCGAGGCACAUGAAUUUUAACAUGACUUAAGGCCCAGAGAGAACCACAGCAGAAAAGGUUUUCUUCUGGGUCCAGGGGUGCAGAGUGACAGUGUUUGUGCAUAUCUUUGUGGUUUCUGAAGCAGUGUGUGUAGAAGUAGCUGCAGCUCCUGUCACUGUCCAGUUGCAACACAGUAGUUCUCUCAGAGCUGAGAAUUAGGUCCCUGUAGAAUUAGGUGGAUGCUCUUAAGCUCUUGUAGCACUUCAGGUGAAAUCACAGAGCCCUGCCCUAAAACAAUGCUUCAACUGCAUGUCAUCCUCCUGCAGUCCUGGUCAUGCUCCUGCAGUCCUCAUAAUGCUCCUGCAGUCCUCAUAAUGCUCCUGCAGUCCUGGUCAUGCUCCUGCAGUCCUGGUCAUCCUCCUGCAGUCCUGGUCAUCCUCCUGCAAUCCUGGUCAUCCUCCUGCAGUCCUGGUCAUGCUCCUGCAGUCCUGGUCAUGCUCCUGCAGUUCUGGUCAUCCUCCUGCAGUCCUGGUCAUCCUCCUGCAGUCCUGGUCAUCCUCCUGCAGUCCUGAGCACUGGCUGUGUGCAAGAAAUAAACACUCAAAGCCCAGCACGUUGCCCCUGGAGUGGUGGUGAUGCUCUGCAGGGACCCCGGGCCUUCAGGGGCAGCAGCCUGGAAUGUGCUGGGGAAUGGGGAAGGUGCUCUGCUCCAAGGGGAACUGUGAAGGAUUAUAAUCAUAGAAUCCCAGAAUAGUUUGGGUUGGAAGGGACCUUAAAGCUCAUCCAGUUCCCAAGAGCAGGGACACCUUCCACUAGAGCAGGUCUGCACUGAAAUGACCUUGCAGGGAGGGAGGAACUUCCAUUUUGAAUCAGGGUAGGGAAACCUCGGACAAAAAUCUUAUAACCCAUCCCUUGUUCUCGAGGGUUGAAGCAGACCCCAGCCCUCCAGCCCUUUUUGGGGUUGAAAGCAGAUCCCAAAAGAUUCCUAGCAGGGGUGCCAGGUUGGGAAUGGGGCUGUGGAGUCCCAGGGUUGAUGCUGGUAGCUGAGAACAGGCAGAGCAGGGUUUGGGCUCCCUAUUCCCAGUCCCAGCUCUGGAUGUCACCGAGUUCCCUUGGACUAUGCCACAUGGGCAGUCUGGUGACAUCUUGGCCUCUCUCAAGUGCAUCAAGGGAAUUUUACCAAGCUCACAGGAACCCUCAGGUGCUGCCUGAGUGCCAGGUAGAGUCGUGCCAUAAAAAAAACACAGGAGCCAAUGGAAGCCACACAGAGUUCCCCUGAAAAUUGGUGCUGGCCACUGCUUCUCUAACCCACAUGAACACAUGCUGUGUGCUUAAAGCCAGGGGUCCCAGAGCAGCCAGCAGAGCCCAUUAUAUCCCUCUUUUGGGGCCACUCUGUGUUCAUACCCCGAGGAGAGUCUGGUCAAGGAGGAAGUGGGGGAGCUGCUGCUUCCUGUUUCCAAGGGGAGUGUUGUGUGCUGUGAGGGACUGGGUGCACAGGGCAGCCCAGCAGCCCUGUAGCUAAAUCCUGGGCCCUUUGGCAGGUGUUCUGUGGAGGAACUGUGUCCUCAGACAGCUCUGCUUUGCUGUGCUGCCCACGCCUGGCUGUGGGUGUUGGUGUUGGUGUCACCCGGACACAGCCUUGGAUGUGCCAAAUCUGGAAGAAACUUGAGGUGUUUUCAAUAGGCACCACAUAACACCAGCCCAGGGUCCAAGUCUGCUUUUGGCACUUCAGGCAAACACAAAGUGUGUAAAGCCCCCCUGUUUGUUCCCAUUUGGUUGGGGUGGCCCCUCUGCCUCCUGUGCUGUUUGCUCUGGGUUGAGUUUUGCUCUUGGUGAGGAGGAAUUCCCUGCUGAAGUAUCUGCAGCUGUAGGAGGCUUCAGCCCAAGCAUCCAGGGUGGCCAGGGAAAGCUGGAAACCCCCAAGGGAUCCCUCUCUGUCCCUGCUUGAGCGGCCUCUUGGAAUGCACAUCAGUUCCUGCAGGCUGCGCAUCCCAGGUCUGCAUGGAGGGAAACGCCUCUGUGGGACAGUGGGGUGACAUUUGCUGUUUCCCUGUGCCCCCUCCCCUCCUGGCAGCACAGGAGGGGGUUUCCACAGUCACCUUUUCCCCAAGAAGACAGCAGUGGAUCCCAAAAGUUCCUUGUGUCCAUGAGUAAUGUCCGGGUCCACGUCAGUGUUCAUGUUACAGAUGGUGCCGAUGCACACAGUGUGCAGUUUGUCCUGUCUCUGUGGGGCUGUCCAGGAGAAGGGAUGUUUUCUGGAGAAGGUGGAAUUGCCUCCCUCCUCUCCCACCAUCCAACCAAGUGGAAAGCCUGGCCAGGUUCCCCAGUGCAGUGCCAAAGUCCUCUGGUCCUGCAUCCCCUGGGAGCAGAGGGGUGAAUUUCCUGCAGCUCAAACCAUCUUCUCCCUUCUCUUUCCAUGUCAUUGGCCAUCUGUCCUGGGAACAGAACAGCCCAGGUUAAACCUGGAGAGUGAAGGAAAAACAGAGUGGGGGAAGAGGAGGCUGGGAGGAGGCUGGAGGGAAGGAGGAGUCACUGUCUGGAUCCUUAGGAAAAGGACAGGGAGCUGAGCAGCAGCCGUGGGUUGGUUCCCAGCGGUGCCGCUGGAUCCGGGGACUCAGGGAUGUUGCAGGGAGCACCAUUCCCGGGUUUCCUCUAGCAGGGAGUGAGGCCUGUGGGCAACAGCAUCCGUGGGAGGUUUGUCCACCCUUACAGGCCAGUGUCUUGUGAGAGAGGCUGCAGAGCUGCUCCCAGCCCUCCACCAGCAGAGUGUGUUCCCUGGGACAGUGGUGGUGCCACAUCCUCUUGGGAAGCCCUUCCAACCCUCCCACACCCAUCCUGACACGCAGGACCAGCAGGAACAUUCUUGGAGCAUCCUGACACAGCCAAGGGCUGGGAGUGUGGCCUCUGUGACAAACCAUGAAGUUUGUCACCAGCCUUGGCAGGAAAACCAGGCGCCAGGACCCUCCAGCCCUGCCCGGGGCCAGCAGAGCGCUGUGUCCUCUGGGACAGGGGGUGAGGAAAGGCUGGAGAAGGGCUCCUGGGAUGUCCUGGUCCCUUCCAGGCCACCUUCACCUGCACACCGGGUUGCUCAGGGUGUUGUCCUGACUAGUUCUGAGCAUCUCCCAGGGCCAUCCCAGCUCCGUGGGCCCUGCCAGCCUCCCUACUGGCUCCUCCCCCGCAGAGGACACAGGGACUGUGCAGGCAGGGACAGAAUGGUGCUGUGUUACCCUCCCUUCUCUGGGCUGGAGGGGCCUGAACCAAACCAAAAGCUGCAUUUAAUGGAAAACUGCCCAGAGGGUGCAGAGUCCCAGGGCCCCCGACACAGCUGAGGUUGCAAGAUGGGGACAUCUCUCCUUUCUCCUUUUUUAUUUAUAAACAGGUAUUUUCCUGGAUCUGGGACAGCUGGAGGCUGGAAAUGAUUUGAUCCCUUUCCUGUUUAUAUUUGGCUUAAAAAAAUAAACGGCACUGACUUGCUAC